CGAGGACCUGCCAACUCAGCUGGGAGUUCCUUUUCUGUGGCUCUUUUCACCGCUAUUUCGCCUCUUUUUUCAAUCAAGAUGCCAUGGACGGCGGAGGAGUGGCGCUGCAGUGAUCAAGAGUGACGUUCCCGUGCCAAAUAAGAGGUGUGGCAAAAAGAAGAGAAAAGAUAUAAAGAUAGAAAAGAAAAAGAACAUCAAGCAACAAAGGGGGGAAGAAAAUACAAGGUCUGGAGAGAACCGGAAAUUUUGAAAAUAAUACAUGAAUUCUGUAGCCAUGUCUAAUGAAGGGAGAGCAGCCAAGAUCCUCGAUGCCUUGCAGAAUGACCUCAAGUCCCUCUGCAUGGAGACGAAAAAAAGAUAUCCUCACAUUAAAGAUUCCUGUGAGGAGGCCAUCAUCAAAGUUCGUGGGGCAGCAAUGAACCCCCAGUCUUCGCUGGCUCAAAUAACCUCUCAGAUACUGUACCCACUAGUGCAGGCUGCAGAAACAAAGGACCCCAAAAUUGUUAAGCUAGCUUUAGCAAUAAUGCAGCGCCUCAUAGUGGCUGACGUUGUUGAUGAAAGUAGUGGAGAGCAUGUUGUGGAGACUUUGUGGAUGCUGAUGGAAACAGGUGUGGAGGAGCUGAAGGUUCUCCAGACGGUGACGUUAUUACUUACUACAAGCACUGUGAUCCAGGGACCAAACCUUGCAAAGGCACUAGUUUUAUGUUUUCGGCUACACUUCACUAAGGAUGCUACUGUUGUAAAUACUGCCAGUGCCACGGUGCGCCAGCUUGUGAGUGUGGUGUUUGAAAGGGUUGUUGCAGAGGAUGCAAAACACUAUCAAGAGGAGGAGGGAAACAAAAAUGACUCGGAUGAGAGCGUGAACCUUGAGGAGUUGAAGGUGUUGAGUUCCAGUCCACCAAAGACGUUGAGACCUGCUGCAGCCGAUGCGUAUCUCAUGUUCCAGGACCUGGUGCAGCUUGUGAAUGCUGACCAGCCCCUGUGGUUAUUGGGUCUCACAGAGAUGACACGCACCUUUGGCUUAGAACUCCUCGAGUCCGUCCUUACAACAUUCCCUGCUGUUUUUUACCAUACAGGCUUUGACGAGGGGAUGAGAACGUUUGGUCUGGAACUGCUUGAGUCCAUCCUCACCACUUACCCGACCAUUUUCCAUGAUCACCCAGAGUUCAACUUCUUGCUGAGGGACCGCGUGUGUGCCCUUGUGAUCAAGCUAUUUUCACCAAACAUCAAAUACCGUGCAUCAGUCCCCGCCAGUGUCCAGCAAGCCACUCCCCUGGACAAGCCCUACUUCCCCAUCGCCAUGAGGCUGCUGCGUGUCGUGUCGGUCCUCAUUCAGAAGUAUUAUCCUUUGUUGGUCACACAGUGUGAGAUCUUCCUCUCAUUCAUGGUGAAAUUCCUGGAUGGAGACCGGCCAGUGUGGCAGCGUGGCUUGGCCCUGGAAGUUCUGCACAAGAUUGCCACACAGCCAGAGCUCCUCAAGUCUUUCUGCACCAAUUAUGACAUGAAGCCCCAUGCAACAAAGAUAUUCCAGGACAUUGUAAAUAGCUUGGGAUCCUUUGUCAAAUCCCUCUUCAUGUCCCCCCAAUCAAGCAUAACCUCCCAGUUGGCUGGGGGAGGGCAGGGAGGAGGGCAGGGGCAGUCACCGGCCAUGCUAGCUGGUAUGCCUGUAGGCCCAGGUGUCUCUCCACAGCCUGCCUUUUUCUACAGGGGUGUUUAUCUUCCCCUGUGUGUCAACAUUCCCACAGGGCAGGCUAAGUCAUCUUACCUUGAGAUGCUGGAUAAGCUGGAGCCUCCAAACAUCCCAGAUGGCUAUGGUGUAAGUGUUGCCUACUAUUGCCUGCUGGACAUCAUACGCUCCAUUCACUUGGUGAUGAUGGGACCCCAAGCUACGAAUGAUGGCCAGACAGGACUAAUGGAUCAGUACAAGCCAACGGAGGGUGACAGGAAGAUCCAUGAACAGCUGGUGAACUCUGCAUGGUGUGGCCUUUUGUCAGCACUUACUGUGUUGUUAGAAGCCUGCACAGAUGAAGCUGCCACAGAAAAUAUACUUAAAGCUAUGCAGACCUUUGCCAGUCUAGCAGGUAAACUAGAGCUGACAACCCCUCGUGAUACUUUCAUCACAGCCCUUUGCAAGUCAUGUCUGCCUCCACACUACACCUUGACAGUCCUCAAUAAUGCAAGUGUUGCUGCUGCAUCUUCAUCAAUGUCUCGUGGUCAUCAACGCUCACCCAGUGCCGAAUCUCAGCACCCGUACUAUGACUCUGAGUACUCCUUACAGGUACGACACCAGGUAGUAGCUGUGGGGACAGCUCUCGCAACCCCAUCUUUACCUGUAGGAGCACAACAAGGCCCAGUGAUGCUUACCAAUAAAAACCUACAGUGCAUGCGAGCGACACUCUCAAUGGCUCACUGCCAUGGGGGAGUCCUAGGGGCAGCCUGGCACCUCCUCCUGACUACACUGCAGCACCUUGUUUGGAUCUUGGGACUCAAGCCAUCCACAGGUGGUAGUUUAAAGGCUGGAAGAAGCACAACAGAGACCAAUGCUGUCAUAACAACAGCUGUGAUAGCAGACCUUCCUGUUCUGUCUUCUAUGCUGAGCCGUCUCUUUGAGUCCUCUCAGCAUUUGGAUGACGUUGCCCUUCAUCACCUCAUUGAUGCACUCUGCCAGCUCUCGAGAGAGUCAAUGGAGCUAGCGUAUACUAACAGAGAACCCUCUUUGUUUGCUGUAGCAAAAUUGCUUGAAACUGGGGUUGUUAACCUUGGAAGAGUGGAAGUGCUGUGGAGGCCAGUGACCAAUCACCUCUUGGAUGUGUGCCAACAUCCGCAUGUACGGAUGAGAGAGUGGGGCGUGGAGGCUGUCACCUACUUGGUUAAGGCUGCCCUCACACACAAACACAACCCUCCUUUGAAGGAUAAUCAGAAACUGCAGACACUGUUGUUGUCGCCAUUAUCAGAAAUAUCACUUGUGGGCCACCCUGAUGUACGGCAAAAGCAGCUGGAGUCUCUCCUGCAUAUCCUUCACUCCUGUGGUGAGCUCUUACAUCAUGGCUGGCCUCUGAUCCUUAAUAUCAUUGGAGCUAUUAAUGACAAUCACAGUGAGCAUUUGGUGCGACUGGCCUUCCAGUGCUUGCAGUUGGUGGUUACAGAUUUCCUGCCCCUCAUGCCAUGGGCUUGCUUACCUCUCACUGUGGAUACAGCAGCAAAGUUUGGUUCUCAGACUCAGGAGCUGAAUAUCUCUCUCACUGCUAUUGGCCUUAUGUGGAACAUCUCGGACUAUUUCUACCAGAAUCAGGAGAAGCUUCGUGCCUCCCUUACGUCUGACAACCAAGUAUUCCCUGACUUCCCUGGGGUACCCAACAUGCCACCUUUUGACAAGCUGUGGAUGUGCCUCUAUGCUAGACUAGGUGACUUAUGUGUUGACUCAAGACCGGCUGUUCGCAAGUCUGCAGGUCAGACAUUAUUCUCCACAAUUGCAGCUCAUGGUGCAUUACUUCACAACCAAACUUGGCAAGCAGUCUUGUGGCAGGUAUUGUUCCCUCUGCUGGACAAAGUACGUCAGUUGUCGGACUCUGCAAGCACAGACAAAGUGGACCAAGGUGGCAAUAUUUUGAUACACCACUCACGCAACACUCAGCAGAAACAAUGGGCUGAGACACAGGUGCUGACGCUGUCUGGUGUAGCGAGGGUGUUCAGUACAAAGCAGAAGAUCCUUCAGGGAUUGGGUGACUUUCCACGGGCAUGGGCUCUUCUGCUGGACUUCAUCCAUACAGCGGCACUCUCCAAAAGCAAUGAGGUAUCUUUAGCUGCUCUUAAGUCACUCCAGGAGAUGCUUCAGGCAGGACGGUCAUCUACUGUUGUCUCAUCAGGUUCCUCAGAUGACUUAAGUUCCUCCUCAAGUCUACAGUCUCCUCUUCCAGAAGAUUCUAUAGCAAACUGGAACACUGCUUGGAAAGUGUGGCACACCAUUGGGACAGAAGUGACCAAACCUCCACCAGAAGAAGUGACAAGAGGGUCUGAUGCAUACAUACCUUCUCAGCCUUUCCUCACUGCCUUGGUUCAUAUUUUCCCACACCUUUUCCAGCAUAUAAAGCCAAGAUUUGUUGUUAGUGACUUUACCCGACUGGCGGCAGUGCUGUCUGGCUGUGUAUCAGUCCCUGUUCAUGGGGAAUCCUCUCCCUUCAUUCAUCCAUCGUUCACAGAUGUUGUGGUGACACCUCUACAAGAGGGUGUCUUGCAGGCUCUCACAGUAAUAGAGAAGGAGAUAACAGAAGGAAGUGUAUCAUCCAGAGCUAUGGUUCCAGAACUCUUCACUCUACUUCUCCAGUUUUCACACUACAGUUGUCAAGCUCCAAGUUAUGGGAAUGUGCUCACAAGACCUCACACUACCAAGGGCUCGUUUUAUUUACAGGCAGAUUGGGUGACUAUGAACUUCGUGCCAUUUGCUGAGCGCUCCAUGUCCAUGUUGGUGACUUUGUACCAAACCACCUGUGCCUGGAAGGAGGUGAUAGAGGCUCAAGUCUUGAAGAAUAUUAUACAGGGUAUUACAAUGCCCCUCCACAAAAAGUACCGGUGCCCAGCACAGACCACAUGGAAGCUGGCUAUUACAACACUCCUCGCAGUGCUCCAGGAAGGCCUGCAACUUGCGAGAGAACAUCCGACUCACUUCCGGGAAAUGUGGCCUGUCUUGGCUACUGCCCUUGAGAGUUUCCUAUUUUCUGAAAGCCCACCCCCAGCAAACCAAAGCAGUGAAGAUGCGGAGAGAGAUGAGAGCAUAGACUGCCAAGUAGUGGAACUCAUACGUGAGGAAAUCUUACCAUAUGCUUCCACAACUCCCAGUGACUUUAUUGUCUCCAUUAUGGUACUCCUUAAUAAGGGUUCAAUAGAAUCUGCAUCAGGAGGUGAUUCAGAGUGCGAAGGCUUUAAGCUGCGAGAGGAGUUUGCCAAGACAUGCUUCGAGACCCUCCUGCAGUUCUCAUUACUCGCGCCGACUGAUUUUGAUGUCAAGGUUGAUGGCUCAGCUCAAGGCCCAACAGGAAACAUGGAUAAAUUAGGAGCCGCCCCUCAUGCGACCACGAAGCUAGCCGUCACGUCCCUGCUUCAUCGGUUUAGAGAAGUCCUUGUCAAGUAUGUGGAAGAUGAGAAGCUAAGUGGGAAGGCACCACUACCAAGGCAUAGAAUAGCUGAAAUAAGUUUUGUAUUAAAGGCCAUAGCAACAUUGUUGAAAUCCUUAAAGACAGCACCAGUUGAGAAAGUGGACAGUAUGACAUGGGCACAGCUGAUUGGACUGUAUCCCCACCUGGUGGAAGUAGGAGGUGCCAGCAACAAUGGGACUCCACAGCUAUGGCGUUCUCUGAGAGAGGUCCUUUUGCAGUAUGCCCAGCUGUUGCGUGCGCCUGUGGCCACCUCGGAGGCUGAUAGCAAUGAUAAUCAGGUUGUCAGUAUGGUGAAUGGAACAUAGAAGAGGAAAUAAAGUAUUAGAUAUUUAUUUGAAAUGUCAUUUUAAUACAUGAUGUAGGUUGAGUGAAUAUUAGUAUUAGGAAAGACUGUGGUUUGGAAAUUGUAUUUUUGGGUAUUGUUUUUUUAUUAUUACAAGAAAAAGAAAAUUUAGGCCAUUGCUGUAGAAAUAGGGAUAGUGAUAGUGUUCAGGGAAACAGAAUAAAAAAAAGAGAGGGAAAGAGGGAGAGAAAAUAAUUAAAGCAGUUUGAUACUGAAACUAAGCAGUGGAUGAAGGAGGUUAAAGAAGCUGGAGAUUUUGAUUGAGCACACCGAUUAUGAUAUGAGAGAGAGAUUAACAUUUUGAUAAUGCCUCUGAAUUCAUGUAUGGAUAGUAAUGGCAGCUCAAUGUGUAAAGAAAAAGGAAAAUGAAAUUUAUUUAUAUUUUCUUUCUAGGGAUAUGAGGUCAUUAUUAACAAUACCAUUAUUUUAUUUGAAAUGUGCCAGUUUAGCAUAGAUAAGUGAGCUCAUGUGGUUUAUAAGCAGCGGAAAAAUCUACCAUGUUUAUUUUCUCUAAUUGCAUUAGUGAUACACAAAAGUCUGUGGAAAUGAAUGUGAUGUCUUUUUGAUGAUUGAACAUUUAAGAGUCUGUUGAAAAAUGGAGAUCCCAUUUUCUAUGUUUGGUUGGUGUUUAAUGACUUGUCCAGUGACCCUAAGCUGAAAUGAAGAGAAAAUACAGAAUUCUGAUUUGCGCCUAAGAAACCUCACCACCUUUUGAUAUAUUUUGUCCCCCCCCCCCCCCCCCCAUCCCACCUCCAAAUACACACCACUGAAUGUAUGCGAGCUUUGUAUAACCGGGGAGUAUCAAAGUGGUCUGACUUGCAAUAUUUCUAUGCACGCUGUUUUGCAGAUCACUUUUCAAUGAAUUGCUUUGCUGUUUCUCUGUUGAGUGAUCUGUAUGCAGUUUUCUGGUACUGUUAUAUAUAGAUAUAUAUAUAUAUGAAUAUAUGUUUAUUAUGAAGGCUUAUUACAGUAUAAGUUUAAUAUAUAAGAAAUGUGUACCUGUCCAUGGGAGCAAAGAGAAAAUGGGAUGUGGAAUAGAAUUUUUAAAGUGUUUUUCUCUUUCUUCUGAAUUAGACCAUAGAGAAUAAAACUUGUCUUUAUGGUAGAAUUGAUCUGCCAUCAUGCAAAUAUUGUGAAAUAUGUUUUGUCCGCAUAGAAUGGAUUGUAAUAUAUGUAUAUGUAUAUAUUUUUCUUUAUUUUUUUCUUUUCUUUCUUUCUCACUUUUUUUUUUUUUUUUUUUCUUUUUUCUUUUUUUUAAGAAAUCAUUAUUAUUUUUUUUACUGCAUGAUGUAAAUGAGAAGGUGAGAUCUUUGGUCACUUACUCUUCUAGAGUCCAGAUAUUUAAUUUUUUUUUUUUUAAUACAUUUCAUGGACUUUCAUAGGUAUGGUGCAUUGUUUUCUGUUAGGCAAUAUUUUCUUUCUUUAUAUUAUUAUUAUUAAUAUUUUAAAAAGUUUUAGUGCAUGCCCAGUUCAGGUUUGAAAAUACUUAGUCCAGAAGAGAAUGAUUGGAGAAUGUAUAAACACAUGACAGAUACAUUAUCUUAUUCUUUCAUUCUUUCUGUUUUUUGUUCCUGGUGUCCUGGACAAUAUGCUGCCAUUUGUGUAGCAGGUGAUACGCUUCAUAUUUGCCUUUCAGAAGUAUUUGAAGGUAAUUUUGCUGCCGGUCCUAGCAAGUCUAGUGUUAACAUCCUGUAUUGAACAGAAGGACCCCAAUGUUAGCAGCUACUAAACAUUACUGAGCAGGAAAUGGUAAGAGCACUAAUACUAUUCACACCCUGAUUUGUAGGUGGGCAAGAAGGGUAGCUUCCUAGGGUCCUCUAUAUCUUUUGGGCCUUCACAUGUUGAAUGUGCUUUAUUUCUCUAAUGACUGUAUAUGCAAUAAUAUUACAGUGAAAGGAGCAAACUAUAUAUUGUUUUUUCCAUUUUAUAAAAAAUAAUGAAACAAUUGCUAUCAAAAUGGCAGCAUAACAAUAGUCACUGUUAAUUAAUAUAUGAAUUAGGUUAUUGGGCAUGAACAUGAAAAAUUAGAUAGUUGUUCCUAGAUUUUUGGAUAUCUGAAGGCUUCAAUGAAACAAAUAUUGUUUUCAAUCUUUAAUUUAAAUUUCCACUUAAAUACUUUCCCUCAAAGAAUGUAUAGGUUUGAACCCCCACUAAAGUGAAUGCACAUUAUACUUUCUACAGUCAACAUACAUACUAUGUAUCUUCUGAUUUGUAUGCUUAGCAUUUGUAUUAAAAAAUAUCUUGCAUCUGUACUUUCUACAAAAGUUAAACGGAAAUCUAUUUCAAAAAAUAAUGGGACAAGCCCAAGUAUGUACAGCUUCUCAAAAUAUUAUUAAGGUUAUAGUCAAGGGGCUGAAUUCAAUAAUGUAUAAUUGCAAUGCAUUUAACAGUGGUCAGUUACCAUCACAUUUACCAACGAUGAUAAAAUGGGAUUUACAAAGAGAUAGUAACUCACCACAUUAGAGUUACCAUUACAGAUCGACUCGUUCUAAUGGAAGCGCUAGUCAAGUAAUGCCACCAAUUAGCGAGCGCCAUACAAAAUUCUUUAGGCUCUAAAAAUUCUUCAAACACAGUUUGUAUUUAUUUAUAUACUUAUUUCUCUUCAUUGUCAACCAAGGAACUGAACCAAACACAGUUUUUAUUUAUCGCCAUUUAUUGUCAAAGGAAAUAAUUCAAACUCGUUCUUGCCCCACUUGGUUUGAAGCUUGCUGUCCUUUGCCACAGUGCUGACACACACAAGCUACUAUACUUAUAAAAUAUUGCUAUUUCAAGUUUAUGUAUCAAUAAGUUGACCAUGUUGUGAUAUGUACUUGCCAUCAUUGUAAUCAUAACAGUUAUUAAAACAAACCGAAAACUACUUAGAUAUUGAUUUCUGGACGGAAUAACGUGAUGACAUCGUCUUUCCUGAAAUUACCAGCAUUCUGCCAGUUGCUCUGACCAGUGGUAAAAUUUACCAUGGUAAUUCUGAUGUUCAGUUGUUAGUGAAUACCACUGCUGUCUGUUUAUGAUGGUAACUGAAGUUACCAGUGAUUUUACCAUUGUAGAUGGGUUAGGGUAUCUGGCCCAAGGAUAAUAAGAUUCAAGUCAUGGGUUAUUUCCCUUUUAACCAGGGAAUCUAGGGGGGUUAGACAUGAGCUCUAUUGGCCUAAGCCAGCAUAUUUUUUUGCUAUCAGUAAGAAUCUGUAGUCUGUGAUUUUCUUAAGAAUUUGUUGAAUGAUAUUGUGCAACUAUAAAAACAUAUUAAAGCCAACUUAGGCAUGGCCAUAAAGGUUUUGUGAGUGACGAUUGUGUUCAGACUAUGAUGCAUGAAGAGAGAAGAUUGCAAAUUGGAGAAAGUACACAAAAAUUUCCCUUUAUUUGAAAGUUUAUGCACAUAAAGCAGUAAAAUGUAAAUGCUACUAGGAAUCUUAAGGAUGGCUCCCAGUAUGUCUUCCCUUAAGGUAGGGGACCUAUUUAUGGAAGCUGCCCAGAGGCCUACACAUUUUUAGUCUGGCUCUGAUACAAUUCAAACAAGCUAAAAAAGAAAAAAGACAAGUUGGUGUAUGACUGGCUAAAUAUAAAUCAAAUGCUGGAAAGUUGCAGUGUAUAAAAUGUACAGAAGAAAACAUAAUCUUUGAUUGACUUUCUGAUACCAUUUUACUUUGCUGUAGAUAGAAUUAGUGUAGGAAAUUUGUUUGGUUUAGGAAUACAAAUUUAUUUAUUGUGAUAUGUAGUAUUAAAUACCACAAAACACACGUGUGUAUAUAUAAAUAUGCAAGAUUAUGUGAAAAAUUAAGAUGAAAUGGAUUUCCUGUUUUCAGAAAAAAAUGUUACAGCCUAUAUCAAUUUACAUUGGGAGGAAGUAAUUUUGAUUCCUAAAAUAUAGAGUGAAAGUUUCCUAUAAAUGGCAUUUCAAAUACCCUGCGUGAGUUAAUAAUUUUCUCAUUAAACUGUUAUAUACUUUCUUUUGUAGGUGUUGAAAUUUGAUCAUUUCUCAAUGUACAUUGUUAUAAGUGUCUGUAGAUACUUAGCCCUUCCAUACCAUGACUUUGUGCAUAUGCGCGUGUAUUGUAUGUGUCUAUAGGGUUCUCAUGUGAGAAUUAUAUGUCAGAAAUAUGGAUUUUGUAAACAUUUGUUCAAAGAAAUUAGCACCAAGUAUCACUGAUUUAUGCAUUAUUGGUUUACAUGUACCACCUACAGCAGAUUCUACGUAGUGAAUAGAAAUGAAGCAAUAUUAAUAUUUAGCAAUGAUUUUUAUUUUACUUCUUGUUACCCUUUUCCUUUCAGACAGAUUUUGUUAGUCAGAAUAUUUGCCUUUAAUAUAUAAUCUCAGAAUGUGGCUUCUUGUACUAGAUAUUACAUAUUUGAUCUGUUUAAGAUGAUGGAUUUAUCUCUUUUGUACUUCUUUUGCACAUGCUUACAUACAACAAUGAAGCCACAUCCCUGUUAUUCUGUUGUCACUAACUUUCAUACUUAAUUUUAAAUUGUCCUUAUUUUAGUGUGCAUGGGUAUCUCUUGCAGUUUUAGUCUAAAAAGUCUCUAAAUGACAUGUCAUUUGUUUUAUUGCAAGUGCAUUAUAUUAUCUGUUCUUUUUAAGUAGAGAGGUUCUUGGCCAAGUAAGUGUGUGGUGAUACUUGAAGAUUUGAAACUUCGUUUCCUAUUCUUAAUGGAUUAGAUGAUUCUGUGUGUCCUAGCUAGUUUUCAUUGCACCUUUUGAUGUCUCUGUUGUAAGAGAGUGAAUAUUUUUCUGAGAAAUGAUGAAUCAUAAUGAAAGAAUUUGAUGCAAGGAAUUUAAAAUUAUUAACUGUGCAAAUGACAUGCACAAAAAAGUUACGUUUGUUAGUUUUGUUUGAAAGUCCCUAUCAGCGAGAAAGAAUUAAUCUUGUAGUGAUUAUACUUUUGGAAUGGCAGUGUUCUCUCUUCCCUUAGGUAUGUACAAUUAUAUCUAAAUGUUCACUUGCCAACUGAACAACAAAUAUACUCCUGUAAUGUUCAUCAAUUACUUUGUACUUCGAAGAAGUUGCACUCUUGCUCUUUCCACUUAUAUGCAGUGUCCUCUUUGAGGUACUCUUGAAUGAGUAUAUAUUGUUAUCAGAAAUGUGUACUGUAAGGGUGCUGUUGGCAAGUGUGUUUCUCAUAGCUGUAGUCAUGUUUGGUGUGAAAAUAAUUCCAGUGGACAGAAGCUAUAGACAAAAACUGCCCAUGAUUCUUCUCUUUAUUUUUUGCUCUCAGUUUUCCUCUCACUUGGAUAUGACUGAAUGUCUUUAGGCUAUUUACUUACAACAAUGACUUAAUUAUUAUUUGCCAUCUUAUGCUUGAAGAAGUUUGAGGGCAGUCUUCAAGAUACCUCAGAGUCAUCAGUUCAUAUUACACAUAUCAGAUUAAGUUGUUGCCUUUAAAGUUAACAGUGUGUGACUUCGUAUGUUUAAAAAUGUAAAAAAAAACUUUUAAGAGGAAGACCUCACUUUAUUAAACAGUGUGGAUUGUGGCCAAUUAUUCUUUGAGUGAUGCAGCUGGACCACUUAGAAACAUUUAGAUUAUUGGUAAAUUAUUUAUAAUGGAGAGUGUGAAAAAAAAAACACUGAAAAAUUGUGAAUAUAGGGGAGUGGGACAGGAACAGAAGGAUUUUAAAAAAUUCUUUUUUUUUUUGCAAGGGGGUGGAAUAAAAUAUAGGGAUUUUAUGUGCAUUUUGUCUUGUAAAGGUACACUGCUGGAUAAUCAACAGAUUUUUUCUUAAAGGGGAAGAGUAAUAGUUAGAGAUUAAUAGUUAGAGAUUUUAACCAUUCUGGAGAACUGGACAAUUCAAGAUUUUCUUCCAUGAAAUGGGAUAGUAUGUGACUGAAUGAAUGAGAGAAUGUUUGUGGUUUUUGUGUACAAUCUUAGACUAUAUGUUCUCUGUAUCUGUGCAAGCAAUUCUUGUACAGAAAGGCCAUGAAAAGCUUAUGCAAGUCUACUUGAAGUGUACUUGAACUUUUGCUUGUUCAGAGGCUGAUAGUUUUCUAUAUUUUACAAAUUUUAAGAAGGAAUAAGUGUAUAUAAAAUAAUGGUAUGUAUUGCAGCACUUAUAUUCGGCAGAAAAUAAUACAGAGGUUUGAGAUAUGAUGAUUUUGACAAUGUUUUUAAGUGGAGUUGUCUUUUAAAGCCUAGAGAGAUAUCUUUAAGUUUACAAAGAAGUCACAAUAUGUUUAUAUUAGGAUUUUUUAUAUUUCAGAGUGAAAUUAGUUUUGUUUUGUUUACAUAUCACAAUUUUAGUCUCAUAGUGCAAUGUGAUAGAUGGAUAGGUUACUGUUGAUAUAAUUAUUAUUAUUAUUAUAAAACAUAUCUUAAUUUUUCUUCUUAGUAGUAUUUAUCAAGUGGUCUUGAUUACAUAAUGAUAAUUAUUUAGGUUGUGUAUUUAUAGACAAGGAAAUUUGUAAACUUGAAGUUUUUGAGAGGGAGGGUUUUAUCCUGUAAAAUCUGCCAAUGAGCUUCGUGAAAUUACAGUGGUUGUUAAAUUUGUAAGGAAAACAAAUAAAGUUUAUGUUAAC